AUGUCUGAAAAAACAACUACAUCAUUAAUUGUCGUAUUACAAUCAUCCAACACGGAUGUUGAGAAGGACGGCCAAAUCAUCAACUUCGGUUCGGGUGCCAACAUCGAUACUGUACGCAACCUUGCCAUGGAGAAGCUUGGUGUUGCCAAGAAUAUCCCAUUGGGCGACAUCAUUUUGCGAGAUGCAUCCGGUAAAAUGCUCGAUGGCAUUGAUCAAGUACGACAACAACAAGUGAUCUACCUCGACUUGAAGGAACAUGUCAAAGAAGUCAUUCCUGGUCCAUUCAAGUAUCCAUUUGUUGGUUCCAUUCGUGAAUUACUACCCAACAUGACACUCGGAUGGAUGCGUAUGUUUGAUACUUAUGGUCCUGUUGUCAAUAUGAAUUUGAUGGGCGAAGAAAUCGUCGGCACCAAUGAUCCUGCAGUUGCUGAGUUGUUUGUCAAGGAGUCUGAGUAUUUCACCAAAAAGCUCUCGGGUGGUCUCAAGGAAAUCAAGGCUUUCGGUGGUCAAGGCUUGUUCACAACCAACACUGACGAUGAAGAUUGGAAGCUCGCACACAAGUUGCUCAUGCCCGCAUUCAGCCCUCGUGCUAUCAAGGCAUACCUACACGAAAUGGGUGUCAUUUCCUUGCAAACCAUCAAGACUCUUGAGCAGUACGAUCCUUCAGAAAAGGUCGAGAUUCUGGAUUGGACAACACGCUUGACAUUUGAGACCAUUGGCCGUUGCGGUUUCGGCUAUGAUUUUGGUCUUCUUGACUCCAAGGACACGCCCAACCACCCCUUCAUUGAUGCCAUGGCCUAUUGUUUGAAGCAUGCCGUUGCCCGGUUACAACAAAUGUCAUUCGUCAAGCACCUACCACUCGAGCAGAACCGUCAUUUUGAUCGAUCAGUCAAGUUGAUGAAUGAUACGGUGGAUGAAGUCAUUAAGGAACGCAAGAGUGGCCCUGAAGCUGGUGACAUGCACAAGGACUUGUUGGGAUUCAUGUUGAACGCACGUGAUGAGCAUCAGCUUGGUCUUUCAGAUGAGAACAUUCGUUAUCAAGUUGUCACUUUUCUUAUUGCUGGCCAUGAUACAACGGCCAAUACGCUCGCUUGGACAUUGUACGAGUUGUCACGUAACCCUCAUGUCGAAGCCAAGUUGUUGCAAGAAAUCGCCAAUGUUGGUAUCACCCAUGACAAGAUUCCCACUAUCGAGCAAGUGAGCGAGCUCAAGUAUACUCAUCAAGUACUCAAGGAGACUUUGCGCAAGUAUCCCCCUGUACGUGCACUUGGCAAAUACUGCAAGAAGGAUUGCGUCAUUCCUGGUGGAUAUCUCGUCAAGGCCAAUACUCCUGUAUCCGUCAACUUGUUCGCCAUGCAUCGCAACCCCAACGUGUAUCCUGAUCCCUUGCGUUAUGAUCCUGAACGAUUCACACCCGAGGAAGAGCAAAAGCGUUCCCGUUUCUCAUGGCUGCCUUUCAGUACUGGUCCACGUGCAUGCAUUGGUAUGGCAUUCGCCCUACAGGAGGCCAAGGUGGUUUUGGCCAUGCUUUUGCAUCGAUUCAAGUUCCAUUAUGAUGGCCCUGAUGUUGAAUUUGAUCCAAUGAUGGCAACUACCAAGCCCACCGAUUUCUUUGUCAAUAUUCAACCACGUACCGAUAUGCCUGAGCCCAAUGCCACUCCUAUUCCUCCCAAGGCUGCCGAAAGUGAUGAAGCUGACAAGCCCAAAGCCACCAUUCCCCAUUUUGAAUCGAUUGCCGAACAAGUGGCUGCACGUCCUGCUGCUGAGCUUCCAGCUGUCACCUUCUUGUAUGGUACACAAACAGGCACUGCUCAAGACUAUGCAUCCGUACUUGCAUCUCAAGCUCGCUCCUUUGGUUUCAAGCAAGUAACGCUAUGCGAGAUGGACAAAUGGAAUGUACUUGAUGCUGGCAAGUAUCAGCCCAAGGAAUCGGGUCCUCAAGAACUUGUCGUUAUUUGUACAGCAACCUACAAUGGCCAACCCCCUGAUUCAGCUGAACGUUUCAGCAACUUUAUCACCGAGAAGCUCAAGGAAGAAGGCCAUGAGACACUUCUCAAGUCAUUGCAAUUUGCUGUCUUUGGUGUGGGUAACAAGAAUUGGCGUACAUAUCAAGCUUUCCCUCGCAAGGUCAAUGAGACUCUUGAGCAAUUUGGUGCUGAGCGCUUCUUUGGAUGUGGCGAAGGCAAUGCAGACAAGGAUAUGGAUGCCGACUUUAAUGAAUGGUCUGCACACUUUUGGGUACACGCAUUGAGCAGCUUUGGUCUUUCACUUGCCGAGAAUCAAUCUGUGGUACCAUCAGCAAGCCGUGGCAUGGAUACGCCAAACGUCAAUGUCAACUUCAUCAGCCCUAUGGAUGAGGAUAAGUGGAAACAAGGUGCUAUCAACCGCAACGGCAGCUACAAUGUGGAGAUUCUUCGCAACCGGGAAUUGCAGCAACCUACCUCUGACCGAAGCACUCGUCACAUUGAACUUGAUAUUUCAGCACUCAAGCCUCUUUGCAAGGAUGGUCAAUUGUAUAUGGCUGGUGAUCAUCUUGAAGUGUUCCCUGAGAAUGAUCCCGAGAUUGUUGAAGCCAUUGGUGUCAAUUUUGGAUGGGUCUUGGAUUCAGUUUUCGAGAUCGAUCAUGAAUCCCUUGGCAACGUAUCGCCUCGUUCGCUUGCAGCCUCGAUUCAAGGUCCAUGCAGUAUCCGCAAUGCUCUCACCUACUAUGCUGAUCUCUCAUCGCCACCCACACGUACCAUGUUAUCCAUCUUUGCUGAGCAAUUGAGCAGCACAUCGGCCGAAACAGCUGAAGCAUUCCGCAAGCUUAUUAUGCCCGACAGCCCUGAAUAUGCAUCCUUUAUCGAGAAACAUCGCACCAUUCUUGAUCUUCAGAAGCAUUAUCCUCAAGUGAAGCGAUUGGACCUUGGUCAAUUCUUGGCAGCUGUGGGUGUUAUGCAACCUCGUCGCUACUCGAUUGCUUCAUCGCCUUUGUCUCAUCCUCAACAAGCUCAUUUGACUAUUGGUGUUGUCCAUGAUAAGCUCAAGGAUGGUCGUGAAUACUAUGGUUUGGCUUCAUCCUACUUGGCUCGUAGCCAUGAAUCUGUCACUUUACGUGCGGCUCUAAAGUCAUCCAAGAGUACGUUUAGCUUGCCUACCGAUCCUGCUACUCCCAUCAUUAUGAUCGCUGCUGGUACAGGUGUCUCUCCUUUCCGUGGCUUUUUGCAAGAACGGUACUUCCAACAUACCAAGGGUGAUGGCAAUGUUGGUGAUUGUGUUCUCUUCUUUGGUUGCCGUCGUCAAGAUCAAGAUUACAUUUAUGCUGAUGAAAUGCAAGAAUACGUCAACAGUGGUGUUCUCAAAGGUUUGCAUGUCGCCUUUUCACGUCAAGGUCAACCUAUCAAGUAUGUCCAGCACCAACUGCUUGAGAAUGCCAUUCAAGUAUGGAAGUUGAUCCAAGCCAACGCUUCGAUUUAUGUCUGUGGUGCCGGUACUAUGAGCCGAGAUGUUCGACGCACUUUUUGCACCAUGGCAAAGAGCUUUGGCCAAGUCAGCACUGAUGAAGAGGCUGAUGCUUUCGUGCAAGACUUGAUUGACCAAGGACGUUACAAUGAGGAUGUUUGGGGUUAA